AUGAAGUUAAAUUUAGCAAAUCCCUUCACGGGGAUGCAGAAGACAAUGGAAAUCGACGACGAGAAGAAAUUACUCCCGUUCUUCGAAAGGCGUAUGGGAACAGAAGUACCAGGCGAUAGCAUCGGCGAUGAAUUCAAAGGAUAUGUAUUCAAAAUUUCUGGGGGGAAUGACAAACAAGGUUUUCCAAUGAUGCAAGGUGUCCUCACUCCAACAAGAGUCCGCCUUCUAUUUAAAAAAGGAAUGAAGUGCUAUAGACCAAGAAGGAAAGGAGAAAUGAAGAGAAAAUCAGUACGUGGAUGCGUAGUUAGCUCACAACUCUCAAUUCUAAACCUAGUACUUGUUAAGAAGGGACCUCAGGAAGUACCAGGACUUACUGACCAAGAAGCACCAAGAAGACUCGGACCAAAACGUGCCAGCAAAAUCCGUAAAUUGUUCAACUUGGGACCAAAUGAUGAUGUUAGGAAGUUUGUAGUUAGACGUAAGAUAGAAGGCAGAAACAAGACAAAAGCUCCAAAGAUCCAAAGAUUAGUGACUGCCCAGAGACUUCAAAGGAAAAGAAGACUACUCAAACAAGCCAAAGAAAAAGCAAAGAGGAACAAGGAAGUAUUGAGAGAAUAUAGAAAGCUGAUGCAUGAAUAUCGCUCCAAAAAUAAGUGA